UAGUGUUUAAUCAUGUUUAGGUUUGCACUUUUUUUUUUUUUUUAUCAUUCCUUUUAAUUUGGGCCUCAAUUCUUGUUUAUCCAAUUCUGGAAUCAAAAUGGUUCCUUUUCGUUUCUUUAAUGAUUUGUUCGUUUGCUUGGUUGCUGGGAGAGGGGGAGGAAUCAAUGAUAGGAUUUUUUAUUUGAAGGGGAAACGUUUGGUGAUGGAUUUGGGUUCUCAAUUUUCUUUUGUUGUUUUUACUUAAGCUUUCUCGGCAACCGAACAAGCUUUUAAUUUUAUAUUGAUAGGGAUCCAAUAAGCAAUGCUUAAUUUUGAAUUUUUUUUUAAUUAUUUUCACUUAAUUUUGAAUUUUUUUUUAAUUAUUUUCAUUAAGGGUGUUUUUUAAAUACUGAAAUUUUAGCAGUUGAAAGUGAUACUGUAAUAGUGAGAUACUGAGGAAGAUAAUUAUGGUGAAUUUUAUUUUAUUUUAUUUUUUUUGAAUUAGGGAUAUAAUCAUGGCCACUGCAACUAUGGCUACUGCAGCUGGUGCAGCUGCUCUUUUGUACUAUACAUUGAACCGUAAGUUACGGUCAAGUACCUCUCAUGAUGAUGACGAAAAUGAUAAUCUCAGUGUGCCCAGUAAUAUUCCUUUGGGAAUUGAACGAGUAUCGCAUAGGCUAAUUCAAGCCCCUGGCACAUGGUUGGAGACAAUCUCAACUUUGUCAGAGACGCUUAGGUUUACUUACUCUGAGACUCUAGGAAAGUGGCCCAUUGGGGACUUGGCAUUUGGGAUCAACUUUCUAUUAAAGAGGCAGGGGAACUUGCAUGUUGGCAGUGUGUUUGGUGGUGAAGAUAGCAUACAGCUGAAAGGAUCAGAAAUAACAAAUGAACUCAGAUAUCUUUUAAGCUUGCUGACCCUGUGUUGGCAUUUCUCCAAAAAGCCAUUUCCUUUAUUUUUGGAGGAGACAGGAUAUACUGAAGAAGAUGUUCUUCUUCAAGAACCUAAAGCAGGAAUAUUGAAGCCAGCUUUUACAAUUUUAGUUGAUCACAAGACAAAAUAUUUUCUCUUACUUAUUCGUGGUACACAUAGUAUCAAGGAUACUUUGACAGCUGUGACAGGAGCUGUCGUGCCAUUUCAUCAUAGUGUUGUGUAUGAGGGAGGAGUCAGCAACUUAGUUCUAGGUUAUGCACAUUGUGGGAUGGUUGCAGCUGCUAGGUGGAUUGCAAAACUUGCAACUCCUGUGCUUAAAAAGGCUCUUGGGCAAUAUCCUGAUUAUAAACUUAAGAUUGUAGGACAUUCAUUGGGUGGGGGCACCGCUGCUCUUUUAACAUAUGUAUUGCGGGAGCAGAAGGAAUUAUCGAUGACUAGCUGUGUUGCAUUUGCUCCAGCUGCUUGUAUGACAUGGGAAUUGGCUGAAUCUGGCAAUGAUUUCAUUACUUCUGUUAUAAAUGGAGCUGACUUAGUGCCUACAUUUUCAGCUGCUGCAGUAGAUGACCUGCGUGCAGAGGUGACAGCUUCUGCAUGGCUGAAUGAUUUGAGAAAUCAGAUUGAGCGCACAAGAAUUCUUAGUACUGUUUAUCGUUCUGCAUCAGCCUUGGGUUCCCGGCUUCCAUCCAUUUCAAGUGCUAGAGCGAAGGUUGCUGGGGCAGGAGCAAUUCUGCGUCCAGUUUCUAAUGGUACUCAGGUUGUGAUGAGGAGGGCCCAAAGCAUGGCUCAGGCAGCAUGGACAACCCGUCCUUCUCUUCGCCUAUCUUCAUGGUCAUGCAUUGGUCCCCGUCAUCGAGGUGCAACUGCAUGUUCCAACUCAGCAGAUGGAAGUUCACCUACAUCUUCCCACAGAGUAGACACUUCUGAGCCUCUUAUAUCUACCAAGAAUACCACAAGAGAGACCAUUGAACUUCCUGUAAGUUCUGGAGAAGCAGAAUGGACAUCAGAAAUUGAAUAUUUUUCAGAUGAGAUGCCUAAACACAUGGAUGUAGAUGCUCAUCUUGAUGGUGGUGAGGACUUUAGGAGUAAUACACAUGAAGACCAAAUGAAUGAAAUUGAAUUGUGGAAACAACUUGAGCAUGAGCUUUAUGAUCGAGCAGAUGGCGAGGAUGCUGAUGUGGCAAAGGAAAUAAGGGAAGAAGAGGCAGUGGCCAUGGCGGAGGUAGGUGAGAGCGAGUCUGAAAGCACUGCUCAAGAAACUAAGGAAGUGCACAGAUUCUUUCCUCCAGGAAAGAUCAUGCACAUUGUUACCCUUCAACUUGAUAGUGCAGAGCCAGAGAGUGAAGGUGAUUCCCCUUCCAGCAGCGAUUCAGAAAAUACCCAGUCACUGGGCGAAGCUAAAGUUGGGAUUUUCGUCACCCCAAGAUCUCUUUAUAGUAAACUGAGGCUUUCCCAAACUAUGAUUAGUGAUCACUUGAUGCCUGUCUAUAGGAGACAGAUUGAAAAACUAAUUAAAGAACUCGAGCAAGAAGCAACUAAUGAUAACCAUUAUAGCAGUGAGACGGUAGUGUUAUAGGGAAAUGAUCAUUCAUUCACAUGGGAAUCAUUAUGAUACGGAAAAUGGAUUUUGACAUCUUACAUAUCUGAAGUGGAAAUGCUUUUUGAUUUCUCAUUGAUCUUGACCAUCGAUGGGUACCAGCACUUUCAUUUCAAUCUUUUGUGAAGCCAUUUGGCUUGUGAAUGGACUUGAUUAAUUGCAUUUCUGCGAGUUAGUGUU